GACCGUGUGACGUUUCUUUGCGGUUAAGUGCGCAGAUAGAAACCGUUCUACUCAAAUAGACUACAUCUUUUUGCAGCAUUUUUGUAACUUGCCGGCUUGUGUCCGGCGUUAAGCUAUCAUGUCCGCGGGAGACAGUACAUCUGCGCAGAGACACUUCGUGGGAAAGCGGGAGGAUCUCGUAAAGGCAAAGCGUUUGGCCAUGACAGUGGAGGGCAGAGAGAUCCUCAUAAUACACCACUUGGACAGUUUCUAUGCACUGGAUCUCCACUGCUACCAUGCGGGAAGCCCACUGGAGCACGGAGACAUUGAGGAGAUUGACAAGAAGCUGUGCAUCAUCUGCCCCAAGCACAAGUACAAGAUCACGCUGGCCAAGGGGGAGGGUCUGUACAGGGCCGCCAACCCCAACGUCAAGCCGCGCGUCUACAAGUGGUACUCCAAGGGACUCAAGCAGAGGACGCAUCAGGUGACCGAAGAGGACGGGGACGUGUUUGUGACGCUGUCCUGCAUGUCUCUCUUCCUGGAGUCCGACUACUUCUACACGGAGCAGGGCAAGAAGGACAGAGAGGAACUGGCGAAUAGCUCAACAACUGACUCAAAAGACCAGGAUUUCGUUGAGGAGGAGGAUGAAGGCUAACAGUGCACUCCACAUUGGCAACUGAAGGUCCUUCAAAGAACCUUGUCAUUUUUUUUGUUCAACAACUUUUCCACAUCAAUGAUACACGGUUCCUACAUACAGCAUCACUUGUAGAGAUGUGGGACUGGAAAAUAGGAUUUUUACUUACACAUAGAGGCCCGCUUCAAGUAAUCUCAUUUCAUUAUGUUGUACUGUUGCAUAUAUGGGCUUGUCAUUCUAUACAGUGUUGCCUCUCUAAAUGAAACUCAGGCUGACAUUUCCCUUUUUUCUUGAAAGGCUUACAAGUGCUUUAUUACAAUAAAAUAAAUUAAAAUAAACAGUAUUACCGAAUGACUGAUUCAGUCUGCUUGUUGGUCAAGGCAGACUUGAGAAAUGUACAAAAUUUGAGUUUUACCACUUGUUUACUCAGAGAGCAAAAGUAAAAAAAAUAAAUAAAAAAAACUCACAAGAGAUUUAAGAAUCGUAAAAAUAAACAGUCUCCGUAAACACUACUGUAUAUACUGAGCGCUUCAGCAAAGACUCCUCGUCUCCUACUGAUUUAUGCCUUGUAUUUUCUCACGUUAGGACCAAAUGUGAAGAAAACAACAACAAAUAAGCAGUGCUGAAGGCCCUGAAUUAAUGAAGUGGCUAAAAAGGGAUUUCUUUAGAAGCUGACUGGGACCACCCUACAAGCUUGAUCGUAUAUACAUUCCCUCAUGUAGGCAGCCCCAUUGCAGGCUCUUAGGAACCGUCUAAUGAAAUGUUAAAAGACACUGGCAAUCUCCUGGGUCCGUGUGAUUAUUAACAGUGCACAUAUUUGUCUGACAUAUUUCCCAUAGCUGGCCACUGUGUCCAAUUAUCUCAGCCGAGUGUGCCUGCCAGCGAGAGGGGCUUUCCAUUUUCUGCUGAUGUCAACAGAAAUAGUCAGUGGCUGCCGAUACGGCUGCAUUUCCCCCUUCGCCAUGCGCAUAAUAGCGUCACGCUUACAGUAACCACUGGACGCAA